UUCAAGUUUCAUCAUCCUGCCCACGGGCGUGCUGUUCCUUCCCUGAUCGACCAUCGCCCGAAGACCGCAACGAACCGUCCGUUCCAUUGACAAGACCCCGAUCCUGAUCCUGCUCCUGCUCCGACGCCGCGGGACCGUCCGUGAUGCCUCCUCCUCCUCCGCCGCCGCCUCCGCCUCCGGGGUUUGGCGGGCCCCCGCCCCCUCCACCGCCUCCCGCUCCCGCACCAGCAGCUGCUAUGCCUGGUAGAGGGGCGCUGCUCGCAGACAUCCAGAAAGGAAAGGCACUGAAGAAGACUGUUACGAACGAUCGCUCCGCUCCGCAAAUAGGCAAGGUGUCGUCUGUCGGUGGGCCGGCUCCGUCCGGGCUCGGCGCUCCUCCCAUCCCCGGCCUGCCCAAGGCGCCCGGAGGCCUCGCCCCGCCUGUCCCCGGACUCCGGGCGAGAAGCAACAGCGAUCAAGGCAACAGAGCACAGCCAGCAGCAUCAGGCACAGAAGGCCCACCGCAACUAGCCGGGUUGUUUGCCGGCGGCAUGCCGAAGUUGCGGAAGACGGGCGGUGGGGUUGAUACUGGGGGUAAGAAGCAGCUGUGGCGUCUGGCAUGCCGAGAUAUCUGACUCUCUCUCUC